CAAGUUCUUUUACCGAAAACGAGAAAGAGCUGAAGCACGCCUUAACUGCAUUAUCUCCUUUAUUCCUCCACUUCGCCUUCUCCAUCUCUCUCUCUAUCUUUCUAACAACUCCACCUCGCACUUCACAGUUCAUACAAAAAUCGCCGCUAUAAAACCCAAAUAAAGUGCUUUCUCUUUCUUGAAACAAGACGCUUAAGCAGAAGAACAGAGGAAGGGAGACAAUGUCGUCAACAAGGAGACCAAAAUGGCAUCCACCACCGCCUCCGAGCCCUAGAAUCCUGCAAUUACCCAGACGAACUCGCCGUAAAGCACCCAAACAGCUCGUCUCCGGCAAGCCAGUAGCGGUCAAGGAAACGGAAUCUAGUCGUAACAAUAGAGGGAAGCUAGAGGCUCUGCUUGAUCAAGAAAGAUCUUUUUCUCGUACUGUUCCUAUCGUUCUCUUGAACACUGGGGAAUGUGAGAGAAGAGAGAGGGUUGAGGACUUCGAUAACGAAUGUGGAGAGAAAGGAAGGGAUUUUGAAGACGAUAAGUGGCGGUUUCAAGCUGAGAUUCUGCGAGCCGAGUGUCAUUUUCUUAGGAUGGAGAGGGAGAUUGCUUUGAAGAAGUUGGAGAGGAAUCGAGCUCAGAUGGAGAGGAGUCUUCGUUCUGCAGUAGAAACACUGAUUUCUGGGAGGAGGAAGAUCAACGAAGGGAAGAACGUCGGUGUAGUGUUGGAGGAGGAGAUCGAAGAUCUAGAAGGGAAACUGAAACAGUUGAAGAGGAGCUCAGGAGUCAGGGAUUUCGAUGUUCGUAAGUGUAAUAAUUUUGAUAAGCAGGCGGUGACUCUCCAAAGACGAUUAGAGAGGCUUGGAGGAAUAUCCGAGGAAGAACGCGUGGAGGAGAUUCGAGAAAUGGCGGAGGCAAGCUUGGCGAUCAACACGAACUGUAGAUCCGAUGAUAGCUUCGUUUCAGAUCGUAAAACUCGAUUCACAGAUGUGGAGAAUCUUCGAAGGAAAAUGGAAGGGUUGUCGAAGGGGAUGUUGGAGAGGAUGGAAGAGGAGUACAGGUCCAUGCUUUCUACUGCAACUAGCUCUACUUCCAGUUCUGCUUCUACAUCCAGGCGAAUCGAAUUCCCUGAUUCGAUGUCCUUCUCCUCUUCUUCUUCUUCUUCCGCUUCUACUGUCAUACGGCAAUCACACCAGCAGGGGACGACGAACACGGUCUGCUCAGGGCAUUGUAAGUCUAUUGUCCGGAAGAUAGUGGAGCAGGUGAGGGCAGAGACGGAGCAGUGGUCCCAGAUGCAAGAGAUGCUGGGUCAGGUGAGAGAGGAAAUGGAGGAGUUGCAGGCUUCCAGGGAGUUCUGGGAAGAUCGAGCCUUCCACUUCGAGGACCGCAUCCGAUCCCUCCAUUCCACUGCGCAUGAAUGGAAGCAGAAAGCUUUGUCCUCGGAGAACAUGGUAACAGAGCUGCAGAAAAAGAUAUCUGAGCUCCGUGUUGAGGUUGAGAGGUUAAGGACAGAACAACAACAGAAGGAACAUUCAAGAACAAGAGGCAUGCCACCACUACCUCGAGACUCACAGAAGGAAGAGAAAGAGAAGCGGGUGUUGAUUUGUCGUCUGAAGGAGAAUCACCACAUCGGUAGCUGUAAUGUCGGUAAGCAGAACGAAGGCUUAGAUGAUGAUAAGAGAAGAGCGCGCAGCUGCAGCGUCGGGCUUGUCGUGGCGGCAGCGAAGCGUUCUCCUCUGCGGGAUGUUGGGAAUUCAUCGCCAUUAAAUAAGCAAAGCAGCAGAGCACAUUUUCCUUCAUACCGCCGUGAACCUUCUUCGCAUUCACAGGAAAGCCCUUGAAAGUCGAAACUUUGAAGGCUACACAAUGUUAGAAAGUGAGAUGCUUCCUUAUCAUCUCUGUUUUUUCACCGCAAAAAACAUUUCUUUCCAUGAAGAAUCCAUCCACGACCACACGUCCACACCAACAUAUAAAAUCGUGUAUAUACAGUUCUAAUGGUGGCCUGGUGGCUGGUUGGGUAUGUUCAAUCGAAGUAGGUCUCUUUUGGAGACCGUCGGAUCCGAAUCCAUGUAUGUUGUUUGACA